AAAAAAUUCAGACAUUGCUUUUUUUCAUUAAUUAAAAAAAAACAGAAAAGACCACCUGCGAGGAUCAAAAAGAUAGAGAGAAAAUCUAGAGAGAGAAAUACCGGUCUCUUAACUUUCGUUAGAUUGUGUUCCAUUUGUUUUUUGAUAAUUUUAGUUUUAAUUUCUCUGUAUUAUUGUGGAUUUUUUUAAUUUUUUUUUUGGUGAGGAUUUUAGAAAAUUAGGGUUUUGGUUGUGUGCUGAGUGGAAUCAGCAACCAUGAAUAUGAUGCGUCGCCUCAAGAGCAUUGCUUCUGGGAGGACUUCGAUUUCUUCAGAUCCUGGAGGGGAUUCUAAUUCGAAAAGAGCUAAGUUUGAUCAAGAAACCGAGAAGGUCUUUGAUGGAAAAAAUACUUUGAGUAGAAGUGUUCGGGAGCAGCCUUUAAGUAGAAGUGUUCGGGAGCAGCGUGUGGAUGCAUCAAAAGAAGCUACAGUUGGGACUUCUAAUGUAGCUACAGUAACUAAAACUGAGAAGUUGGGUUUUGAUGAACUUCCAAAAGAAUUGCAUGAGAUGAAAAUUAGAGACGAGAAAAGAACGAACAACAACGAGAAGGAAAUAGAAGCAACUACAGUGAGUGGCAAUGGAACAGAAACAGGUCAAAUUAUUACCACAACUAUUAGUGGUCGAGAUGGACAACCAAAGCAGACAAUCUCGUACAUGGCCGAACGCGUGGUUGGAACUGGCUCUUUCGGUGUUGUUUUUCAGGCUAAGUGUCUUGAAACUGGGGAAGCGGUUGCCAUAAAAAAAGUGUUGCAAGACAAGAGAUAUAAGAACAGGGAACUCCAAGUUAUGCGCAUGGUUGACCAUCCUAAUGUUGUUAAGUUGAAGCACUGUUUCUAUUCAACUACUGAAAAAGAUGAGCUGUACCUUAACCUUGUUUUGGAGUAUGUACCUGAAACUGUUUACAAAGUUUCAAAGAACUAUAGCCGGACACACCAACAUAUGCCUAUCAUUUACGUGCAGCUGUAUACAUACCAGAUUUUACGGGGAUUAAAUUAUUUACAUGAAGUGAUUGGCGUUUGUCAUCGAGACAUCAAACCACAGAACCUAUUGGUCAAUCAACAGACCCAUCAGUUGAAGAUAUGUGAUUUUGGGAGUGCAAAGAUGUUGGUGCCUGGUGAACCCAACAUUUCGUACAUAUGCUCAAGAUAUUAUAGAGCUCCAGAACUUAUAUUUGGAGCAACUGAAUACACAACUGCUAUUGAUAUGUGGUCUGCUGGUUGUGUUUUGGCUGAGCUUCUUCUAGGACAGGCAUUGUUUCCUGGAGAGAGUGGAGUUGAUCAGCUAGUGGAGAUCAUUAAGGUCCUGGGAACACCAACCAGAGAAGAAAUAAGGUGCAUGAAUCCACACUACAAUGAAUUUAAGUUCCCGCAGAUUAAAGCACACCCGUGGCACAAGCUUUUUCACAAGAGAAUGCCAUCUGAAGCAGUGGAUCUAGUGUCAAGGUUACUUCAAUAUUCUCCACAUCUACGUUGCACCGCAUUGGCAGCAUGUGCCCACCCAUUCUUCGAUGAUCUUCGAGACCCAAAAGCAAGCCUGCCAAAUGGACAACCACUACCUCCUUUGUUCAACUUCACACCUCAAGAAAUGGUAAAUGUCCCCGACGAGUUGCGGCAACGUCUCAUUCCUGAGCAUGCAAGGAGUUAAAUUUAUUCAUUCAGUCAUUGUAAACCUAUAGCAUCAUUAUAAGGGUAUCGUAAAUGGGUUUUGAAUGACUAGAAUACCCUCUGUCUUCAAUGUUUCUUGCCCCUCAAGGUCUUUUGUCUAGCCUUCACAAUUGUGUCUAUAAACUUAACAGAAAGUUUAAACACCUUGUAACUUCUCUAUGAUGGACAAUGUGAAGACAAUGAUGACAUGGAUAUAGUGACACUAUCAGUUGUUGUAAGUGUUUGGAUUGUAAACCCCUUUAUAGUACUAGCUUAUGAUCUGGAGUAUGCUUAGGUUCUGAAAGAUAGUGAGUUUCUAACAAUCAUGUAAUUACUUUUUCAUACAGUUCAAGUUCGUUUAUUCCUUA